ACGCUUUUCUCCAGAAAACGUGAACACAAAGAAAAGUACUUCUCUAUCCAAUCUUGGAAUCCCAAACCCUAAUUUUUGAUUCAAUUUGUUCCUUCUCCAAUUUGAAUUUGGGAAUAAAUGUCUAUUGAGCAAUCGAGGCGAUAAAUUAUUCUCGAACUAAAUUAAUUCAAAAAUACAAGAAUAAUGUCUGCAAUGGUCUAUGGCAAGAGAUCGUUCUUCGAUGACAUGGACUCGUCGCCGGAGUCCGCACCGCAGCCGGCGUACAAGAAGUUCCGGUGCUCUUCGUCGGCGUCUCCGGUGCCGUUUACUUAUUCGCCGCCGGUUCAAACAAGCCUAGUUGAUCAGCUCAAGGCUUUGUUUCCCGAUACUGAAAUUCAGUUUCUCGAGAAGGCUCUAGAAGAUUCUGGCAACGAUUUGGACUUGGCUAUUAAAAGCAUUCAUGAACUUUACGAUGGAUAUUCCAAGGGCAACUCAGGCUCUGCUUCUGAAGAAAAUAACAUUAUCGAACAAGGUGCAACACCAACUAGUGGGGAUGCAGUUAAUUUACAGGAGCCUCAAGUCCAAAGCAACCUGCCGGUAAAUGGUACCGAAUGGGUUGACUUAUUUGUGACUGAGAUGAUGAGUGCCACUAGCAUUGACGAUGCAAGAUCCCGCGCAGCAAGAAUAUUGGAAAGUUUGGAAAAAUCCAUUAAUUCUCGAGCUAGUGCUGAGUCAGCUCAAAGUUUCCACAAGGAAAGUGUGAUGCUGAAGGAACAAAUGGAGGCGCUUGUACGAGAUAAUGCAAUCCUUAAACGAGCUGUAGCGAUACAGUACGAACGGCAAAAGGAGAAUGACGAAAGGAGCCAAGAGGUGCAGCAGUUGAAGCAGAUGGUGGCUCAGUACCAAGAGCGUGUGAGAACUCUCGAGGUGAACAACUAUGCGUUGACAUUGCAUUUAAGCCAGGCUCAGCAGAGCAGCUCCAUUCCUGGUCGAUUUCAUCCCGAUGUGUUCUAAUGAGAAAAGAUGGAGAAGUCGUUUACUAUUUAUGCGUUCGUGUGAAAAAAAAGAGAAGAGAAAAAGAUACACUACGUGUGCUUUUUCUAUAGGUUGUAUAAUGAACUGCUUACAGAAGCUAUAUACUGUUCUUGCAUUGGGUUUCAAUCAAGUUUUCUUUUAGUGUUCUUGCCUUUUUUUUUGGGUAAAUAGCACUUAAACCCCUGUUGUUUGAACUUUGUGAUAUGGCCCCCUUAUACUUUCAAUAUAAGCAAAUUACCCCCUUGUACUUUAAUAUAAGUACAUAA